AUGGAUGAAGAGCAAGCGCGUUUGACAAGAAGCCUAAAUAAAAAAUUGCCCUGUGAUGUCCUGCGAAUGAUAUUUGAUAUCUAUGCCCAAUGGGAUGGGAUCGAUAAUCCUCUCGAAAAGUUGCUGUAUAUUUGCAGAUAUUGGUCAACUACUGCAACUCAACACAAGACUCUAUGGACGUCCUUUCAGGUGUCUCCCACCAAACUUGAAGAGCUUCGCUUCUGGGAUUCCCGAAUAUCACGCCGUAUCGAGUACAUUGGUGACGAUGCUCCUAUAGACCUACAACUCAG